AUGCCACACUAUGUUAUAGUAGGAGCCGGUAUAAUUGGCCAUUACACUGCGUAUAAGCUUCUUGAGAACAAUGUGCAUCCAGAUGAUAUCUUGAUUGUCGCCAAAUUUCACCCUGGGGACGAGUCAAUCAAUUAUACGUCUCCUUAUGCUGGAGGCAACUUCUCAUGCAUUACCGGCGAUGAUCCUGAUACCUUGGCUUACGAUAAGGUGACUUAUACAGAAUUGGGAAACUUGCAGCGGUUUUUGGGUGGUCCUCAAUGUGGUCUAGACAGAUACAAAUCGACGGAGUAUUUCGUUGAGCCACCUUCAGAGAGAAAGAUCGCUUCUUGGAAAACAUAUUUGUACGAUCUUGCCAUACUUCGGGAAGAAGACUUGCCCGAGGAUGUAAGCUACGGAAUUGAGUAUAUUUCCUGGAAUUUCAAUUGUCCCAAGUUCCUAGUAUCGUUCCAAAACUUGUUAAAAUCAUUGGGGGUUCGCUUCGAGAGAAGAGAGUUAAAAAACAUAAGAGAGGCAUAUUAUACUGAUACAAAGGUCGUCUUCAAUUGUACCGGACUUGGUUCUAGAAGUCUUGGAGGGGUGAACGAUGACAAAAGUCUUCCAAUGAGAGGCCAAGUGGUCGUGAUCAAAGCCCCACAUAUCCAAGAAAAUGUCAUGAAGUGGGACGCUGCGAAGCCAACCUACAUUAUUAAACGGCCAUACUCAAACGAUCAACUUAUCCUAGGCGGCUUUUUGCAAAAAGGUGAUUGGACAGCCGAUACGUUUCGGGAGCAGACAGAAGACAUCUUGAAGAGGACAACCGAAUUGUACCCAAAAAUUCUCGAGGAGAACAGGAAGGGCAAACGGAUUGAAGAUCUUGAGAUCUUGCGGGUGGUAGCUGGUUUGAGACCAGGCAGAGAAGGAGGCGCCCGCAUAGAAAAAGAGUUUGUAGACGCUGGCAGAGUGCUCAUUCACAACUACGGCGCAGCUGGAUACGGGUAUCAGGCUGGGAUUGGAAUGGCCGAUAAGGCUGUCUCUUUGGCACUUGACAGACUGAAGCUCUAA